UUUGGUCGCCGCCCUCGCAGACUAGUCGGCUCUGAAGAGGCAGCCGCGGCGUGGCGGCGGGGGUGCGGCCGAGGCCGGAGCCCUGCCCGGGGCCGGGCGGCGGGGCGGGGAGGCAAGCAGCGGGCGAGGCCGCGUCUGCAUGUGCGGAGCAGCCCGGGCAUAGCCCGGGGCUGCCGGCGCCGGCCGCGCCAUUGUUGGGGGAGGGGGCGGCCACUGAGCGCGGCAGAGUCGGGGGCGAGUGAAGGCGCAGGCGGCGGCGGCGAGGAGCGGAGGCGCCCCAUGGGGAACACGCUGACCUGUUGCGUGUCCCCCAAUGCCAGCCCAAAGCUGGGCCGUCGCACAGGGCCGGCGGAGCCGGACUACGAGUCUGAGCUCUAUGAGGCGGCGGCUGGGGACGCAGUGGCGGUGGCCGUAGCGCCGGCGCCCGCUGCCGUGGAGCCCGCCGAGUUAGAUUUCGGAGCCGGCGAGGGCCACCACCUGCAGCACAUCAGUGACCGCGAGAUGCCCGAAGAUCUAGCUUUGGAAUCAAACCCUUCUGACCAUCCAAGGGCAAGCACAAUUUUCCUGAGCAAAUCUCAGACAGAUGUGCGUGAAAAGAGGAAGAGCAACCAUUUAAACCAUGUAUCUCCAGGGCAGCUUACUAAAAAGUAUAGCUCAUGCUCAACAAUAUUUCUAGAUGACAGCACAGUCAGCCAGCCUAAUCUUAGAACCACAAUAAAAUGUGUGACCUUAGCAAUAUAUUACCACAUAAAGAACAGAGAUGCAAAUAGAUCCCUGGAUAUAUUUGAUGAGAGAUCACAUCCACUCACACGAGAAAAGGUUCCAGAGGAGUACUUUAAGCAUGACCCUGAACACAAAUUUAUUUACAGAUUUGUUCGUACUCUUUUUAGUGCUGCACAGCUAACAGCUGAAUGUGCAAUAGUAACUUUGGUCUACUUAGAAAGGCUUUUAACUUAUGCUGAGAUCGACAUUUGUCCCACUAACUGGAAAAGAAUUGUUUUGGGAGCCAUUCUUCUUGCCUCCAAGGUUUGGGACGAUCAGGCUGUAUGGAAUGUGGACUACUGCCAGAUCCUCAAGGACAUUACAGUUGAGGACAUGAAUGAGAUGGAAAGGCACUUCUUGGAGCUACUCCAGUUUAAUAUUAAUGUUCCUGCCAGUGUUUAUGCCAAAUACUACUUUGACCUUCGCUCCUUAGCUGAUGACAACAACCUGAAUUUUCUGUUUGCUCCUCUCAGCAAAGAAAGAGCACAAAACCUAGAGGCCAUUUCAAGAUUGUGUGAAGACAAAUACAAAGACUUAUGUAGAGCUGCUAUGAGAAGGUCUUUCAGCGCUGAUAAUUUCAUUGGUAUUCAGCGCUCUAAUGCUAUCCUCUCUUAAAAGGGAGAAUUGAGGGGUAAUAACAUCACAAGCCUCUCAUCUACAAAGACUGGAUGAAAUAUCACCGCUCUUGCUCAAAACCAGCAAAGUUAGUAUUUUCAUCAGAAGGAAAGACCUCGAAUUCAAGAGACUCAUGGACAAGGACAGUUGCACUCCAUAGGAAAGAAUGGGACCUUGUCAAACAACAAACACACUUUCUGUCCUUUUUAAUGUAAACAGAGUUAACAAAAACCACUCCAAAGCAAAAGCUCUCAAUCCACAUGCAGAUAUUUGCUUACUGUGUAGGCCAAUAGCUGUGAACUAUGUGAGGUUUUUUAAUUAAUCAUUUAAAUGUUUAGACUUUAAAAGACACUAACCAUAUAACUUUUUGUUUUUCCUGUUUUUCUUCCCCUUCCCCAUUGCUGCAUAUGCCUUUAGAAUUGAUGCAGUAUUACCUUUAAAACAUGGUACUUUCAUUUAAAAAAAUUUUUUUUGUGAUGUUGGGGCUCAAAGCCAGGGCCUAGCAUGUGCUAAACAUGUGCUGGCCCUUCCCCCACCCACAUUAACACACAUUAAGCCACUUAGGAGCAACUGUAGCAUUUUUCUUCCUUCCCACUGUAUCAUAUCAUUGAAACUGCUAGUCAUUAUUGGCAGUCAGUUUAAACCAAAAAGCUACUGGAUAACACCUGCCAUUCAUAUAUUUUGCAGGCACUACUUAUUAGCAUUUUGGCAUGUUUUGGGUCAUAAAGAGAAUGUAUCACCUAUUGACUGCUUACUUCUGUGGGUCCACAUUGCAUUUUUUGUGAACUGUUAAUGGUGCUUCUCACUUUCUGAUAAUUUUCCUCUUUUAAGUAAAUUUAUUAAAAGAUAUUUUCAUAAUGCUUGCCAACAUGGUGGUCCAGUGAUAAAUUGAGCAGAUAAAGACCAGGUGUCCUGAAAGUUUUAGUGCAAUUUUAAGUUUUGGUAACUAGGCCCUGCUAUAAAAGUGUAAACACUACAAACUCUUAAAAAACAUUUGAAAGUUAAAUUAUAUUUCUUUAAAACUUAAUAAAUUUGGAAUAUUAAGCUUUCAGUUUUCUAUUACCAGUCCCUGUUGAAGAUGGCAAACAUUGACUGGAAUAAAAAAUUGAAAGCUCAACAUUUUUUCAAAAUUAAGUUUAAAAGAAAUGUAAUUUAAUUUUCAAAUGAUGAUUUGAAGUUCGUAGCAUUUAUACUUCUGCAGGUGUCAAAGCUUAAAAUUGCACUGAGAUAUAUGGAGAUAAAUAAUACUAAAGU